AUGGCCCUGCAAGGGCUGGCUCUGGCAUUUCUCCUGGUUCUUGCUCCUCUGCUGCUUGCACGGGGACAGAUGGACUACGAUCAUAUGGAUCCAAGGGUACAUAAGGAAGCAGAAAUAUGCCAAAGGCCUGCUUGGUGGGACCCCAGACUCCAGAUGGCACCAGCCCGUGAGAGUUACACAAAGAAUGAAGUAGUGACUCUGAGCUGCAACAAUGGUUCCCAGCCAUCUUUCACUCACAUCAAAUGUGCAGAGAGGGUUCAGCCGUGGAAUUAUUCUAGAUCUCUAAAUGCAGAUUUGUGGCUGGGGAGAAAAAGCAGUGAUGUCUGGAUUCACAUUGAGGGGAACAUAGAGUGCAUUGAUGUCCUCCAGGUUGUUCCUGAGACCCUGAAGAUUACCAGCACCAGCAUCAAACUGAAUUGGACCUGCAUGCUCCCUGACACCUGCCAGAAUAUUCGGGCCAGGUGCCGACUGGAGGGGCAUUCUUCUCCUCCCUGUGAGGCUAAGGAGGUGAAGGGAGAGGAGAUGUUACAAGGUCAAGAGGGAACUUUCACAUGCCCACCUUUGCAGCCCUUCACUGUUUAUAGUGUCACUAUCUCCCUGCUGCCCAGCACAAUCUUGUACACACGGUUCCUCAGGACAAAGGAAUCAGUGCCAGACAAACCAGAGAAUCUGAGGCUGGAUCCCACCUUGGGAUCUCUCAGGUGGAAGGCGCUGCCCUCCUGCAAAGGGGAGAUCACUGGAUACCAGCUGAACAUCACCACCAUGAGAGCAGACGACGACAGCUUCCUUGAAUUCAAGCAGGUGUUGGUGAACCAGUCGGUGACUGAGUACACCCCCCGCCAGACAGCUGGAAGCAAAUACGUGGUGACUGUGCAGGGCCUCACAACAGCUGGUGCUGGGGCUGCAUCAAGGCUGGAAUUUCAAGCCUACGUCUUGGGGCAGCCUCUGGGCCCAUGGCCUGGGUCAGCGGUCACGGUAGUCGUGGUGGUGCUGGUGCUGGUCCCCUUGUCUGCAGGGAUCCUGUGGUUUGUGCUGUCCAGGAAAAAGAAGGUCUUGCCCAGCAAAGUUGAGGAGGAUGAUUACACAGAGCUCCAGCCCUAUGAGAACGUACAUGAGGAUAAUUACUGCGUGAUCAAGACUUUUCUGGCACAGAAAGAUGCAGGUAAAUGUGGCCACGCUGGAGAGCCAGUGCCCAAGCCCCUGCCUGUCAUGGAGUCUUCAGGAGACAGUCAGAGCAACAACCAGCACCCUCUGGGCAUCAGCUGCCGCAGCGUCUCUGACAUCUCCCCAUCCCAAGGGACGGCCGUGCUUCCCCUCCAACCCAUCACCUCGGAGGGGGCCGGGGAGCACCAGCUGGUCGUGGCCAUGACACACAACAGCUCAGGGAUUGAAAGCGCCUGCUUGGGGCAGCCACAGCCCUUCAGUGCCAGCCAGCAGCCCUUCAACACCACCCAGCAGCCCUUCAACACCACCCAGCAGCCCAGAACCUACGUGGCCGCUGUGCUCAACCUCACCGCCCCCAUGGACUUCGUUUUGGGCAACGGCACCUGGGGGCAGGGCUACCACAACGCUGCCCUGCGCCCCGGCUGGGACUACACGGCCCUUCUGCGCCUCGUCCGCCGCUCACCGCAGUCAGAGAAGUUCACCUGUGUCUGCUACAGCUUCUCUGUUGUUGCAGGGCAGGCUCCGGGCAUGUGGCAUUGGACUGUGAUUGGGCUGGUUGUGCUGUUGGCACUCCUCCUCCUGACUGCAGUGAUCCUGUGGCUCGUGUUCUCCAGGAAAAAGAAGUAUGUGCCCAACAAAGCUAAGGAGGAUAACUAAAAAGGUAAAGGUGGCUAGGCUAGAGAUCAGUCACUCCAGCCGCUGGCCAGGACCAUGGAGACAUUCAGAGCAGAGAAGGAGUGGAGAAAAUGAGAAGGAUGACCCCAGCUCAGUGCUGAUGGCUGCUGUGUCCCCUCGGUCUCCUGUGACUGUGACAGCGUGGGAGUCAAAUUCAAUUCAUCUAAUUUAGCAGGGCAAGAUGAAAACAGGAGACAAAGGAGGAUUGUGAGCUUUUUCUUUCCUCAGCACCUUCACCUCCCAGCUUUUGCUUACUGCUUUUUUAAGGCCUUUGAAUUUGACUUUCUGCAGUUCCUUUUUUCAGGUUUGCUUUCAUUUUUGCUUUCCUGGAAGCAGGAUUUGUAUUUCAGAUUUCCUAAUCCCAGACUCACACAGGCUCAGGCUGAUGGCAUUCUCCUGCCAUGCCCUGGGUUCCCAACUCUUCUCCUCCAUCUCUGCUGAUAUUCAGCCAAACCCAGGGAUUUUCUGGAACUUGGCCUGACUGGACUGCUUUGUGACUCUGCCUGCUCUGUCUGAAUAACCAAUAAAGGCUUGUGUUUUGAAGGGGUUGCCUGUCCCACUACAGCUCCUGCCUGGUCCCCUCAUUGCCCCUCUAGGGUCACGUCUCCCUGCAGGGAGCUAACUGCA